AACUCGACUACAGUCUCUCGUUAUUUGGACUGUGUGUGUGUGUUUCAGAGUUUAUUUACAGGUCCUACUGGCCUCUUCACGAGGUUACGGUAGCCCGACCUGCCCCUGUGACCUCUCAGGAGAAAAAGAUUAAUUUCUACUUGGGGCUUUAUACACACUUCACUUGUCAAACAAAAAUGGACGCAAUCGGUCUUCUUCGACCUCUGCUGAAAUUCGGUUAUCUAGGACAGGUGGCAAAAACCUUUCUAGUGCCACAUUUCUGCGUGAAUAUACUUCUUGCAAUAUCAUUUUUUGUUUUGAAACUAAUCUCGCCGAUAUGCGAUUGUUUGUUUGAGGACUGCACCCUUGAAUUGAAACAUUGGGAGUGGUUCACUUUUCUUGGCUGCGUUAUUGUUUUGAAGAACAGAAAACAAGCUACUGCAGCAGAAUAUGUGACACUUGCCUGUUUGUUUGCCAAAGCUUUGAACAUCAUCCUGUUCUACGAAACAAAUGUGUUGUAUGCAUUUAUGUACUGCAUAUUUUGUUUGUUGCACUUUGUCUUCCUACCAAGGCCAGUUUACAAAGGACCAGAAUUCAUAACAUACUUCAGAGGUCCCCAUUUAAAGAAUGAGAUAGCUCGUGACAAGCGUAUCACAUGGGUCGUGUGCUUCUAUGCUGCCUGGUCACCAUCCUGUGUGUCAGUUGCUCCCAUCUUUUCUGAAAUAUCUGCUGAGUAUCAUCUGGAAAACCUGCAGUUUGGUAAAAUUGAUGUCAGCAGGUAUUCUGAUGUUGCAGACCACUUCAAAGUGAGCAACUCCUCGUUUUCCAAGCAGCUUCCCACACUGAUUGUGUUCCAGGAUGGCAAGGAAAAAAUGCGGCGUCCAGCUGUCAGUGCAAAGGGCACUGUGGUUAAAUACGUGUUUACCAAGGAAAACAUUGUGAAAGACUUCGAGAUUAAUGAACUUUACCAUCAGUGCAGGCAAAGCCUCCCAAAAUCUAAGACAGCAAAUUCUGAGGCAGAAAAAAAGAAAAAUUAGAAGGGAUCAGCAGAACAUCAAAUAAACUCAUCACAUAUACUCAACUCAUGUAUACCGUCACAUAGUCUGAGGCAUUAAGCAACACACUUUCUGUCAGUCUGUUUGUCUCAGUGUUUCCAUCACUUCUUGCUUAAGCAGAUGUGGUUAAACUUUUGCAGAAUUAUAGUUAAUAAAAUUAUAAAAUAACAUUUUCAAGACUAAUUUUGGCUUAAUUAUAUUCCUUAGCAUUUGUUUUGCAGUAUAAAUGAGAAUUUUUUAUAGGCAACCAUAAGUGUUUUGUCGAAACAUGUGUGUUGCAGCAUCUAUGUCUGUGGCACUUAAAGUGCAUUCAUGUUUUCAAAGAUUGUGUUAACACAGCUUUCCCAUAAUUUGAAUCUCACUGAAAAUUAUGUGUAUAUUCAAUAUGUGUUUCACAUUUAACAUUGAUAUUGCUCAUUGUUAAAAAAAAGUGUAUUGUGUAUUUGUGUAUAUAUAUAAUAAUAGUUGAAAGGAAUUGUAUAUAGUUCAUAAUAGUUGAGAAUACUUUAUUGUACUCAAGACUUUAACAAUUUUAUUUUUGCAGAUUAAAGAAAAUUGUAAUUUAAAAUUGUGUGUAAUUACUUUAAUUAGAGCACACUUGUUAACACCAUUUUAAAGAACAAGGGUUUAAGAUAUGAUUUCAAAGUACAGAUGUUAAAAACAUGAUAUCCUAGUGGCCACAACCAUCUAAACAUUAUACAUAUUAUGCCCUUUUAAACAGUUUGAAUUGUUUUCAGUUGACUUUCGCUAAAAUGACAUUGACAAAAUUAGAUUUGUAAACAUAUACUUAAGAUAAAGUACAUAUUGAAUGCUUUUGGUAUUAUCAUACAAUAACUAUAGUGGACAGAGUGGCUCCUUACCAAACUGCACUUUUGCGCAGGUUGUGUGGUGGUAUUUUUGUCACAUUUGUCAUUGGACCCAUUUUCGCAUGUCACAGGUCAUUUAGUAAUUUAAUUUGUCUUUAAUUUGUAAGGGUUAUGAAACAAUACAAUCAUCAUUUAAAAUCUUAUAAUAAGAUAUAUAACUGAAAAUGUUCUUGUGGUAUAUAUGUCGUUUUAUAUUUACCCUGUGUUCUCCUUCAUGUACAUAUUAACAUAAUAAACAGAUUUAAGUUA